AUUUGAUUAUUUUUUCGUUACACCGGCAUUUGGUCCGAUUGACACAAAAAUAGUUCAUGAAAGUCGCAAUUUGUAUCAAAUAUUUGUUUUAAUAUUCUUUAAAAAGGUUAACUCUUCCAAUAUCAAAUAACAGUUUACGACAAUUUUAUUACAAUAUUCCGAUAAUUGAUUUUUUUCACCUGCCUUGAUCCGGAACUAACCAAGAUUCGGAUUAACCCAAACAACUACAGUGGCCCUGCAGUGCUGCGUGUAUGAGGUGGUUUGUUUGCGCAGAAAAUAGCAGGGAAUGAGCCCUUAUCUAGGAUGUACCCGGGGUGCAGGGGCAUUUGGCAGGGAAUUUACCAGCAGUUAAAAAUGUUCCUGCAGGGCCGAGAUUUUACCUGAGAUUGGCUGGACCGAUAGUCAAAGUCCCCGCUAUUCCCUGGACCUGGGGAGGGGCAUGGUUACAAAUUAUUGACUGGUGCCUAAAGGUUGACAUGUUAAGGCCCUCGUACAGACAAUGGUGUUUGAUAAAGAUUAAACGUAAAUAAAGGUCCUCGCGAUGAGUGGCGGAAUUGCACCAAGCAAGAGCACUGUCUACAUCUCCAACUUUGCAUUUUCACUCACCAACAAUGACUUACAUAAGAUAUUUGAAAAAUAUGGCAAAGUUGUGAAGGUGACGAUUGUGAAGGACCAGGUCACCCGGAAAAGCAAGGGUGUGGCAUUUGUGCUGUUCCUUGAGCGGGACUCUGCCUACCAGGCUGUCCGGGCCCUCAACAACACACAGCUUUUUGGCAGGACGAUCAAAUGUAUCAUAGCAAAGGACAAUGGACGAGCUACAGAGUUUAUACGAAAGAAAACCUACCCUGAUAAGAGUCGCUGCUACGAAUGUGGGGACGAGGGUCACAUGAGCUACAAAUGUCCGCGUAACAUCCUUGGAGAGAGAGAGCCACCCCCCAAGAAAACCAAGAAAGACAAAAAACGGGAACGGGAAGAACGAGGGGAAAACUUUGUAGACUUGUCUGGUGAGUCUGGUUCAGAGGAGGAGGGAGAGGACCCUAAACAGGACAGCCUGGCUGCUGCCAUACAGUUCCAGCAGCAGAAAUUGUCUGAAGAACAAGUGGGUCAGGGGUCGAGCCGUGUCUUGGUGAGCGCAGAGGACUUCAUGGAGCAGCCUCACAGGAAGAGGUUCAAGAAGGACGCAUACUUCAGUGAUGAAGAGGAAGUGGAUGAUGGGGCCACUGGCGAUACUUGAAACCUCACCUACUGGAGGAACGAAGUUGAACAUUGUACUCCUCUACAAAAGUGACACAAAGCUUGGAAAGCUGAAUACGGCCUGGAAGUUUUUCCAUUCUGUUUUUCCAUUCACAUGGAAUCAUCAUGGCUGUACAAUGUGAUGUUGACGUUGAAAUGUUGGGUUCACUGUUGUGUUAAAGACCUUGUUUUUGUGUUGGUGGAUACAAGGCAUGUGACAUGUGUGUUGACGUAUAAGAAACCAUGGGAAGUGCAAUAGGGGAAUUAAGGAAUAGCACAAGUGAUUGGCCCUGUAUCACAAAGAUUCCAAAACUUCAGGAGUGCAAAGAUUAACACAAUCUGUAUUACAUUUUGAAAUGAUUUUAGCUGAUUUUGAGAUUGUAAAUGUUUGUUGAAUAAUUUGAAAACAAUAUAGUAGCUUGAGGCUCUUACUGACGUCCUUAUCAUCUGUUAUAAAGGACUUAUAAUGAAAUGUUUUAUGUGAGUCAUUGGAAAGAAUGGACAGAAUUUACUUACUAUACUAUUCAGCUGUAAAACUCUGGGCCCAAUUUCUCGAAACAUCUUAAGUUAACCAGACUUAAGUAGCUUAUUUCAAUUAGCCAAAAUAAUACUUAAAUUGAAUUUUGAUAAUUGAAAAAUGGUUAAUUGUGAUUAUCAUGAAGAUAAUUCAUAUCUUAAGUAUGAAAACUCUUAAAGAAGUAAAUAUUAUGCCAAUUAUUGAAAAACAAAAAUAAUGAGCUUAGCUUAAUUCUGUUAUAAGGGACUUAGAAGUUUUGAGAAAUUGGGGCCUGUUGUUUAACAAAUGGCAAAUAAUGGAAUAUUAAUAUGUUAUGAUUAGGAUUGAGAUUGAUAUAAUUGAAACUCUUAUUAAAGUAAAAUGUCAGUCCUUAACACAUUAACUUUAAGGAUUUUACAAUAUCAGUGUAAACAAUAAUUGUGUUUAAUACAUUAUUAAUUCAAUAGUCAUAGUUUUAUAAACAUGACUUUAAAUUUCUAAGUAAACGACAUCAUUGGAAGUAUUACAUUCCUUUCAUUUUAUCUUCAAAAUAUUUUAUUGCUUGGUGUCAAACACAAUUUAGGAUGAGGUUUCCUUUAGCAGUGUGUUCUAUAUGAAGUUCAGGGGCCAUAUAAAGAAAAAUAUAAAUCAGUUUUAAAAUAUACAUGUAGUCAAAUUUAGUGGUUAAUUGUUACAUUUCUGAAAAAUCUUUAAAAUGUUCGCUGUUAAGGAAAUUGUUGAAUUAAAGGUAAAAGGUACGCUUUCAAUCUUACAUGUAAAAUUCUUCUAUAAUAUGGGCCCUGGUCAAGUUCCAGCAGGAGUCAAUGUCGGGUCAAAAAGCAGGUGACUAGGUCAAAUAUUGGAAACACUUCAGCCCUAUUAAGUCUAAACUUUUUAUUAUUUUAAACAUUGAUUACCAUUAGAAACACCUUGGUUUCUACUUCAAUUGACUUUUAAGAAGCUAUCUGCAUAUCUGUACAACUUACCUUGCCCAUAUUUUUAAAUUGCAAUUUUUGCUUCAAAAAUCUUAAUUAUAAGGGAGUUAACUCUUGUACCUCUAAUACCUUUCAUUCUUUUUCGGUAAUUCUACGCUUGAUUACCUGUAUUUGGCGCUCACAUUCAUUGUUAAAAUUUAAGUCGCGGGGACGGUCGUCUAUUUUUUUUAUAUAUGUGUGAUUUGGAUGCUAUUGGUCUGUAUGUGUGAAAUAAUUAUGCAGCCUUUUUUCGGCCAAAUAAAAUAUGUUUUCAUA